CAAAACUAAACCCUUGUUCCUUCCGUUUCACUAUUGUUGUGUCUCAUCGCUUCCCCCUCUACCGAAUCAACAAUGCUAAUCUCCGGCGAAUCUCUGAAGCCGAUUCGUUGAUUUCCCGGCGUCUCUCUCAACCCUCCCGUUCCAUUCCUUUGUUUCUCCGUCCGAUCCAGCUUGGCUUUUCAUCAAAUUUUCUCGAUAAUUGGCAUUAGGGUCUCUGUUAAUGUAGAAAGAUCUGAGAACAUUAUGGUGGAGCGUAACGAAUUUCACUUAAACGGGUGUUCUGCAACUCUAAAUGGAAGUUCCAGCGAACCUGGUCUAGAGGAUGAGCGUGAAACAAGAACAGAGAGUGUAGCCGAGAUGAAGAACAAGAAAACGGUAAAGGUGGUUAAGCGCGAGGUCAACAUUACCCGGAAGGUUCUUCGCUCAGGGUCUGUGGCAACUGAUACAGAAAACAUUGAUGUGGCUGUGGGAGAUCUAAGUGAGGUUGACAACAGGGGCGAUUGUUACGUUGAUGAGGUGAAAGAAGAGAAGGCUCAUUUGUCAGGGUGUGUGGCAAAGGUUGCAGAAAACCAUGGUGUGGCUGUGGGAGAGGCAAAACUGGUGGGAGAUUUAAGUGAGGUUGACAACAUUGGAGGUGGAUUUUCUGUUGAUGAGGUGAAAGAAGAGCUUGUGGAAUUUCCUGUGACUCAUGGAGAUGAUUAUGAAAACGGGAGUGUUGAGCCACAUGGAAAAGAAGCUCAAGUUAAACGCAAAAGAGGACGGCCUCGGAAGCUGCAGAUCAGCAGCCAGUCUGAUGGUCAUGAGGACCGAGUUAUAUGCGUUAUCGAGGAGAACAAAGAAGUAAGUCUUGUAGCUGAUUCUAGGAGUCAGAUUGAGCCACAUGCUGAAGAGCUAAAAGUCAAACGUAAGCGGGGAAGGCCUAGAAAGUUUCCCAUCAUAAGUCAAUCUGACACAAACUGUAAACUUGAUGAUUCCAGAAGAACAAAGCGUAACUGUGGAGGCAGGGCGGCUAAGGGAGCUGAGUCUGACAGAGGCAAUUGCCAGAUGGGACGUCGUAAGCGUGGAAGACCUCCAACACCAAAGACGAAGAAGAAACCUGGGAAGGCAGAUGAGUCAGAUUGUAAAAAAAUGAAGAGACUGAAGCCUUGUGAGAGUUCCUUAAAGUCACCCUCAAGCGAUGGCGAAGUGAGGAUUGGAGAAGAGCAAAAUGAUGAUGGAAGACAAUCUAAAUUACAAUCUAAGAAAAAGCUGAGUGAUCGCAUACUUCAGCUACUUCUAGCUGCUGGUUGGACAGUUGAGUACAGGCCCCGAAACGGGAAAUCAUACAACGCUGCUGUUUAUGUGAAUCCUGAGGGAAAGACUCACUGGUCAGUGACCAAAGCUUAUGAAGUCUAUAAAACAAAUCUGGAACGCAGCAUGAAGGAUCAAGUAGACUCUACCACUGUCUCUGGUCUUGGCUUGCUGCCAGAAGAGGACCUUCACCUUUUAAGGAGAAAAGCUCAGAAGAAACGGAGCGAUACAGGUAAGCCAAGGUUAAAAUUGAAGGACAGAGAAACUAAUGAAGAUAUGGUCUGUAGAAAAAGAGUAGGAGAAAAAGCGCAGAAGAAACGACACAACUUAGAAAGAAGUUUGGUUUCUGUCCGAAAAAUAAAGAGGGGAGAAAAACAUAAUAGAAAGCGUGUUGCUUUGUCAGCUCGCAGUUCUUUGUCGGAUGCGGAUUCCAACGAGAAUGGGUACAUUUUAUUUGAAGGAAAACGCACCAUGCUGGGAUGGAUGAUUGAUUCAGCCAUUGUGCCACUUAACGGGAAAGUUCAGUGCAUGAACACAGAAGUGCGUGUAGAAGGAAUAAUCACAAAAGAAGGUAUUCGAUGCAACUGCUGUGAUGAAGUAUUCUCUGUUCUUGAUUUCGAGAUUCAUUGUGGAGGGAAGCACAACCAGCCAUUCAAAAGUCUGUAUUUAGAGGGUGGAAACUCUCUCUUGCAGUGUUUUCUUGAGUCUUGGAAUAGACAAAGUGAAGCAGUGCUAAAAGGAUUCCAUGUUGUCGAUUUUGGUAGUGGCGAUCAAAAUGAUGAUACAUGUGCUAUAUGCGGGGAUGGGGGAGAUCUUACCUGCUGUGAUGGUUGCCCAUCAACUUUCCAUCAGAGCUGCCUGGGCAUUAAAAAAUUCCCUUCUGGUUCCUGGUUUUGUUGCUACUGCUCAUGCAAAUUUUGCGAGAAAGUUGAGGCAGCUAAUCAUACUCUUUCCCCCUUGCUGAGGUGCCACCUAUGUGAAGAAAAAUAUCACCAGGCAUGCAUCAAGCAAGAUGGUACGGUACCUGGUGAAAGUAGUCCUCAUUCAUUUUGUGGAAAUUACUGUCAAGAGUUAUUCGACGGACUUGAGUUGCUCAUUGGAGUUAAACACUCAUUGCCUGAGGGCUUCUCCUGGACAUUUCUUCGCCGCUUUGAGCUCCCUCGUGAGGUUUCCGAUAGUGACAUAUCUGAGAAGAUUGCAUAUAAUGCCAAACUGGCUGUUGCAUUUUCUGUUAUGGAUGAGUGCUUUUCACCUUUAGUUGAUCACUGGAGUGGUGUCAACCUUCUUGAAAACAUCGUCUACAAUUUUGGGUCGAACUUCCAUCGGCUAAAUUACAGCAAUUUUCUCACUGCUGUUUUGGAGAGGGGUGAUGAAAUCAUUGGUGUGGCAUCUAUCAGGAUCCACGGUAAUCAACUGGCAGAAAUGCCGUUUAUCGGAACCCGCUACAUGUACAGGCGUCAAGGGAUGUGUCGUCGACUAAUGAACGGCAUUGAAUCUGCGCUUGACACUCUCAAAGUAGACAAAUUAGUCAUACCAGCAGUGCCAGAACUGAUGGAUACAUGGACUUCAGGCUUUGGCUUCACGCCUGUUCGUGAAUCAGCGAGAAAAACAAUUAAAAAUCUGAACUUGGUGGUGUUCCCUGGUGUAGACAUGCUGGAGAAAUCAUUGGCUAACGAGAACGGUAAACUACUGUUGGCAGCUGAGAUGAGCCAGCCUGUGGUAGAUGUUGAGGAAACUAAACCUGAGGAGAGUAAAGACGAGCAAAAUUGUGAAACUGCUGAUGCCGAAUCUCCUUCUUACCAAGUAGAUAGCUGCUUGAAGUCCAUUGAUGUAGAAAAGGAAGUUAAUGAUACAGAUUUGAGUCUGAAGUUGCUCAGCGGGUCCUUGGAGGAGAAGGGAGAGAUUGGGAUGGGGAAAUUGGCAAAUAAAGACGUCGAUUUUCUCCAUGUUGUUGCAGUUAAUAACCAAAGAGAGUUUUACUCGGGAUUGGGAGUUAAUGAUGAUGAUUCUCAUGCGGAUAAACCUGAUACAGAAAGACAGGGAAGUGGUGAUUUAAAAAGCUCUGGGGGUACAGAGGAGGAGGCGGAUGAAGAAUCCGAUUGUUACAUAAUAGAAAAUUCUCAGCCAUUUGGUAACGGUGGUGCAGAGAAAAAGAUUGGCAACAAAGCUUUAGCGCUGAAGAAAGGAGUGGCUUCCAGAUUGAGAGUAUUACCCAGACUGAUUCAGGGAUCAUGGGGAACUUCGAGGGUGAACAAAAGGUACACAGGUACCAGUGCCGUGAUGAUCGGCUCGUCACAUGGCAGGUGUGUUUGAGGUUCAUUGCAGCUUUUGUUUGUAUGUGCAUAUGACCAGGGCUAACGCACUUUUAUCUACCUUCAUGACAAACGGAAAGAGGCUCAGAUGAAAGAAAAGUAGUUAGACUAUUAUACUAAUUGCAGUGCUUUAGUAGUUUCAUUUAUGACUCGAGCCAGAGGUCAAGUAAAACCUUGCACUGCUGCUCAGUGCUUAUUAGUUUUUUCUUUUUAAUUAUUUUUGGUUUAGCAGACCAAUUAAUUUAUUUCAUGGGCAUAUCGUAAUAUAUCAUACAUUGAGCUGCUUCAUCUUAUUUAUCUAAUGUGGAAACAUCUUCUGGCUUGUAGGGAACUUUAUUAUAUCUCUGUUAUCCCUAAGAUAAAAUGAAUGAUUC